AUGCCCCUGCGAAAAAAGCUCAAAGCUCGCUCCGUGUCUCCGAGCAAGCAAUCAGCAUCUGGGUCGAUUUCACCCACGACAGAACUCGAUGAGGAGUUUGAGAAUGUAGUUGCACCUGCGAGCCUGGAAAUCGACCUCGAUGAGGCUAGAAAGGUCGCCAACGAGUUCAGAUCCUCGUGUCUCAGUAGAGCAAUAUCAUGUGCUUUUUCGGGUGAAGGAGAGUCGUGGUGUCCAGGUCCCCCGGUCGGCCCCGGCAUUCAGGCUUGCCAUAUCAUCCCUCAGCACCAUUAUCAUGUAUAUCCUGUUACUUGCGGGGAUGCAGACGACGAUGUUCCUCCUGAAGCGAGUAAUCGCAGGCUGAAAGAAGCAUAG